AUGGUCAUCGCCGUCGUCGUGUUCUGCGUGUUCCGCUGCCGUCAAAGUCCACCCCUUAGUGACCACUACCCAAUGGUAUGCAAUGGAAAAAGUCAGCAAGGCUACACAUCUAUCGCCCCGGAGCUUUCACCUCCCUUGGGAGCCGAUCAUGCCACUCAACCACUUCUUGGUCGGCCAGCACCGCAGAUGAACGGUAAUGGCUACCAGUCGAUGAAAGGCGCCCUUAUAACAAAUGGCAAUGGAAUGAAUGGGCAUGUGAGGAAUGGAGCAGGAGGCGGUGGAGGGGGAGGGGUUGUGGGUAAAAAGGAUUUCAAGGAGUGGUAUGUAUAG